AUGACGAGAUUUUCAAUCUUUCGAAGUGGUUCUCGGAGGAAUGUCACCAAAGACCUUGUUUCCGAAGAUGACCAACGAGAGUUACAACUCGAACAACAACGAAAACUCGUGGAUGAAGCAACCAUCAUGACAAGUCAUUCCAUUUAUCAAGAAAUUCUCUCUUUAUAUCAAGAACAACAACAACAACAACUGGAAAAUCAUAAUGAUAUGAACACUACUACUACUCAUUCAUUACAUUGGUUUUGUGGUUCUGAGAAAAAUCGAGUCUUGCAUCCCUAUCAUGAUGAAGUGUUAACAUCUCAAGAAAUUUCACACGUGAAAGAAUGUCUUGAAAAAUUGCGUACGAUUUGUACCAUGAAUCCAGGUCCAGUGGUGAGUGAAGAGACACUUUUAGUGUUGACUCAUAAUCGAACCAUUCCUGAAAGAUUCUUUCAUAUUUUCUUUAAUCCACACAUUUUGGAACAUGCUAUUAAUGUGAAAGGAUUGAAACCAUACAUGAAAGUGAGAUUGUUAUUUAAACAAGUGAAUGGAAAAUUUGGAAUUUUUGAUUCGUGUUUAUUGGUGGGUUGUUGGCGUUUGGAAUGGAAUGAAAAUUCAUCAUUGGUUUGUGUGAAACAAUUUGACACUUCGAGAUUACAUUUUGCAAUUGAUUUGGAACGAUUCACUGAUGAAGAAAAGAUUAUCGAGUCGUUGAAAAUCAUUUCUAAUGAAUGUUGUGUGUGGAAUGGUUCAAGACAGUAUGAUGUGAAAUCAUGCAAUGCUCAACAUUUCGUUCUACACAUUCUAGAGAAAAUAGGAAUUAAUUUAGAUCAAUCCCUGAAAGGAUUAAGCAAAAUAUAUUUCAAUUCACUUUUACUAAAUGGCACAGGAACAACAGAAAUUGAACUCACCGAAGAGUUGAAACAACAACUUGAAAUGACCCAAACACCAAACAUUUCUUUUCAUAACCACAAACAAUUAGACCUCUUUCUUGAAAAUUUAAACACAAAAAAUCCUUAUUACUUUCCUCAAAAUACAUGUGACCAAAUGUUACUAAAAUGUUUCGAUGAAUGCUAUUGGAAAAGCAUACACCAACAUUCGAAUGGAGAAGAGUUCAAUUAUCAUCAUUUGAAAAAUUGUUCGGAACGAGAUCGACCCUUAUUGAAUGAUGAAACCAAUGAAUGUCAAUGUCAUUUCAAUAAGAAUCCAACUUGUUAUGGAGACUACGUGGCAAGUGGAAAGACCAUUAAUAACGUGUUGUGUUCACAGAAAUUAAGUCCUCCUUUUCCACUUCGAAAGAAACAAGAUCUUUCAACAUCAGCCUCUCAAUAA